CACUCACUCACAUAACCUAAUUAUCAUCUCAUACAUUUGAUUUCAAUUUCAAUUCACAAUGGAGCUCCAAUUGGAACUCUCCCUUUCAACCCGGCCCGGCCCAAAUGUGAGUUUGGCCUGCAACAGCAAGGACGGAUACGUGGUUGGUUGGCCGCCGGUGAGGUGGUGGAGGAAGCAGCUGUGGCACCGCAACCGGCGCGGCGGCGGGAGGGCGGCGAAUUCGUUGUACGUCAAAGUGAAAAUGGAAGGAGUUGGGAUUACAAGGAAGAUUGAUUUGAGGCUCCAUCGCUCCCAUCGCUCGCUUGCUAACUCUCUCAUUGCCUUGUUUCAAAAAGGUGAAGAAAAUGUGGGAUACAAAGUCAUGUAUCAGAACAAGGAAGGUGAAUGGCUACAAGCAGAAGAUGUGACAUGGGAAUGCUUCAUCAAGUCAGUUCGACGCUUGAAGUUGGAGAAGAAUGGCAUUUUAUCGUAGUUGUGAUAGUUGUUCUAUUUCAGUCAUCAGCUUGCAGUAUAUGUUAAUAAAAGUAACGAUGAAUAUAAAUGAUGAGUUAGUUAAUUACCCUACCAAAUUGUUCCUUAAUUUCUAAUGAAAUUUUGCUGAUAGUACUACAAUGCUUUUUUUUUUGGUAA